AGUACAGGUAGUGCUGUAUAUAGUCUGAGGAAUAUGGCUAGCUAACCACAAUUUGCCAAUGUCGACCUCACUUCAUACUGGGGUGCAUGUGCAGUUUGCUUUACUUUUUGCCAGUACAGAGAAAGCAUCAUCAUAUUUAUACACGGGGGACCAAGGAGACAUUAGUACCAAUUCUUGCCUUUUCAGCAUUUGCAUUUAAUACUCUACUACUGUAGUGUAUAUAUAUAGCACCAUCAAAGAUUUCCUUGUUUCUAUAAAUUAAGCAAACACUAGAAAUGGCUGGAAAGCUGCUUUUCACACUCAAUCUUGCUCUUUCUUUCUUGUCCAUAAUCAUUCUAGCAAGUCCGCCUUCUACCCAAUUCAAGAAAAACAAUAAUUAUAAAAAUCUCCCUCGCACCCAGUUAAGAUUCAAGAAAUUAUUAGAAAAAACCCUUGUCCGUAAGUCAGAAGAAUUUUCCAAUCACUCGGUGAUUUUCCACUUAGAGGGGGCACUGUUAAAAUCAUCUUCUCACUUUCCUUACUUCAUGCUGGUGGCCUUUGAAGCAGGAGGGCUGUUAAGGGCUCUUGUUUUGCUACUUUUAUACCCUUUUAUCCGUUUGGUUGGCGUGAAACUGGGGCUGAAAAUUAUGGUAUUCGUGUCUUUUCUAGGGAUUAAAAAGGAGAAGUUCAGAAUGGGAAGCUCUGUUCUGCACAAGUUCUUCUUAGAAGACGUUGGGUGUGAAGCGUUUGAUGUGGUGCUGAGGUGUAAAAGAAAGGUGGCGGUAACUGAGUUUCCGAGAAUCAUGGCGGAAGGGUUCUUGAAAGAUUAUAUUGGAGUUGACUGUGUUAUUGGAAGAGAGUUAAAAGUGGUGAAUGGGUAUUUUAUGGGCGUAAUGGAAGCCAAAACGACAGGAGGGGAUGUCGUCGAUGAAAUUCUUGGUGAAGAGAAAAUGACAUACAGUAAUGUCAUUUGCGUAGGUGGAUUCAAUCAUAUGUCCCUUGAUCAGCAAUUCUUCUCGCAUUCCACUGAGAUUUACUCGGUGACUGAAUCAGAGAAAAGAAAGUGGCAAAAUCUUCCAAGAACGAAAUACCCAAACCCUUUAAUUUUCCAUGAUGGAAGAUUAGCAUUCAUGCCAACCCCAAUUUCAACACUAACCAUGUUCAUGUGGCUUCCAUUAGGGUUUCUGCUCUUUAUUAUCAGAGUAUCAGUUACUGUUUUAUUGCCUUACAAGGUGCUCAUACCUAUUCUCUCCUUAUCCGGGAUAAGAGCCAGAGUUUCAAAAUCCAACCCAAUAAAGAUAACCGACCAAGACACCAAACCAAGAAGCACUUUAUACGUCUGCAACCACAGAACUCUACUGGACCCAAUUUACCUUUCAGUGAUUCUGAUGAAACCUCUCACUGCAGUCACGUACAGCCUGAGCAGAUUCAACGAGAUGAUUUCCCCGAUCAAGACCGUGCGGUUAACGAGAGACCGAGAGAUAGACAAGACAACAAUGGAGAAGAUGUUGUGCCAGGGCGACCUUGUGGUUUGUCCAGAAGGAACUACAUGCAGAGAGCCGUACCUGCUAAGGUUCAGUCCGCUGUUUGCGGAGGUGACAGACGAGAUAGUUCCGGUUGGUCUGGACAUGAAAGUAAGCAUGUUUUAUGGAUCUACUGCAAGCGGGUUCAAGUGUUUGGAUUCUGCGUUUCAGUUGAUGAAUCCAAAUCCAGUCUACAAUAUCAAGAUUCUGGAGAAGUUGGGGAGCUCCAACACGUCUGGAUCUGGUGGGAAAUCGAGAUUUGAGGUUGCUAAUUAUGUGCAGGCAGAGAUUGGAGGUGCUUUGGGAUUUGAGUGUACUAAUCUUACCAGGAAGGAUAAGUAUAUGAUUUUGGCAGGCAAUGAAGGCAUCAUAUAAACAAUUAAGCUUCACUUAGUUUGUCUCUGUCCUAUAAUUAAAUUCAUUAAUGAUAUGUGUCUAUAUAUAUUUGAGUUUUUAAAAGUAAUUGAUGUUUUAAAUUUGUAA